UUAAAGUUUGUUUGAGGUUUUUGAGGCAUUUCCUGGUGGUGUUUAGGUUAAAAGAGCUUUUUUUAUUGUAGAUUUUGGUGGUGCUUCAAGAACUUGUUGGGGAGUUGGGGUUAUGUGAGCAUUGUCUGGUUUUUCGUUGUUGUAGCUUGAAAAAGUUGUGUUUUGGUUGUUUGGAUAAUGCAUUGGGAGGCAUUUGGGGUUUGGAGGCAUUUUCUCUGGGUUCUUUUUGGUUAAUAUAAAAAAAAAAUGUUGUUUUUAUGUUUGGUGUUGUGUUUGGUUUAAGUGAUAUUGUUGGAGUUGUUACAUUUGGGAACUUUGGGAUUUUGGGUGAGGGCUUUAGUGAUUUGGAGCUGUGAAUGUUUUAGAAAAAGGUUGGUUUUUGGGGUUGGAAUUGUUGGGUUUUUGUCUGCUGAUGCUGUUAGACGGCAUGUAGGAUGAGGUAAUGGAAUUGGAUUUGGUUUUGGAGGAUGUGACACUGUCGGAGUAUUUGUGGUUUUGGAGCUGAGAUUUUGGGUUUUUGGCUUUGGGAUUCAGAGUUAUGGGUUCAUGAUUGUGGAAUUAGUUGAGCUUUUUCUUUUCUUUUCUGUUAGAGUUUGGAUUGAGACGUUUGGUUUACCAAAGGUCAAGGUUUUGGACUCAAAAUUUGAUUUUUGUUUUCCUAUUUGAUUUCAUGACUUAAGGUUACUUUUAGCAAUAGAUUUCACUAAUUUGGCUGAUAGAUUGUUGGAAGACCUCGGAGCUUAGGAUCUUUAGGGUCUUUGCAAGAAGUUAUUCCAACUUCCGAGCAUUAAUCUGAUUGAUAAGAGAUGCCUAGCAUCAGAGCUCCAGCUACCAAGCAGACUGCAACUCUUAUGGUUGCUGUGAAAUGCAGGCCUUUGACAGAUUUGGAGCGGUUAAGGAGCAGGAAUAUCAUCCAAGUGACUGAUGAUAAGAGUGUGGUUGUUUUGGAUCCUGAUUUGUCAAAAGACUACCUUGACCGUAUCCAAAAUCGAACAAAAGAGAAAAGAUACAACUUUGAUCAUGCCUUUGGACCUGAAUGCACCAAUUUGGAUGUCUACCAGAGAAUCUCUUCUACAAUCGCUGGGGUCAUUCAAGGCCUCAAUGCAACAGUGUUUGCCUAUGGUUCAACGGGGAGUGGGAAGACUUAUACUAUGGUCGGAACACACCAAGAUCCUGGACUCAUGGUUCUUAGCCUUCACACAAUUUUCAAUCUUAUUAAGAAGGAUAAGAGCUCAGAUGUCUUUGAAGUCUCUUGUUCUUAUCUUGAAGUUUAUAAUGAAGUUAUCUAUGAUCUGCUUGUAAAGUCUUCAGGGCAUUUGGAAUUAAGAGAAGAUCCCGAGCAUGGAAUUAUAGUUGCCGGUUUAAGAAAUAUUAAGGUCCAAUCAGCGGAUAAAAUUCUUGAACUUUUACAUAUUGGAAACAGCAGACGGAAGACGGAAAGCACAGAGGUGAAUGCGACAUCAUCUCGUUCACAUGCUGUACUGGAGAUCAUGGUGAGAAGAACGCGGAGAAACCAGUAUGGAAGUCAAGUUCUCCGUGGAAAACUUGCUCUAGUUGAUCUUGCUGGGAGUGAAAGGGCCUCUGAAACAAAUAUUGCCGGCCAAAAGCUUAGAGAUGGAGCCAACAUAAACCGGUCACUUCUUGCUUUGGCAAAUUGUAUCAAUGCUUUGGGCAAACAACAAAAGAAAGGCCUUGCAUAUGUUCCAUACCGCAAUAGCAAGUUGACCCGGAUUCUGAAGGAUGGACUCAGUGGAAAUUCUAGAACUGUCAUGGUUGCGACAAUAUCACCAGCUGAUGAUCAGUAUCAUCACACUGUGAAUACUCUAAAAUAUGCUGACAGAGCUAAGGAGAUCAAGACUGAGAUCCAUAAAAAUAUUGGGACUGUUGAUACUCACGUUGAAGACUACAAAAGGAUGAUUGACAAUCUCAAGGUUGAAGUUUGCCGUUUAAGGGAGGAACUGGCUGAAAAAGAGUCUCAAUUAACCUUAAAACCUGCUGAGAGAGCUGCAAAUGAGGAGCUAUCUUUGUUGGAUGUAUUAAGCCGUGAAACAAGUGAGAACGUUCAAGAACGGAUUAAUCUGCAGAAAGCAUUGUUUGAGUUGGAGGAAACCAACACUAGAAACCGAAUUGAGCUUCAGCAACUAGAUGAUGCUAUUGCCAAACAACAGGUUAUUGAAAGAGAUGGAACUGUUGUGCAUGCCUUGAGAUCAAGGAGACAAGUUAUUCUUGAUAACAUUCGUGACAAUGAUGAGGCUGGAACUGGUUAUCAGAAGGAGAUUGAAAUAAAUGAGAAACACCGGUGCCAACUUCAAUCAAUGAUUGAUGAAGCAAUAAAUAGCAAGGGAAACAAAACCUACUUACAUAUUCUCAGUCAGUACAGGCUCCUUGGAAUGGCGAAUGCUGAACUUCAGUUUGAAAUGGCCAUUCGGGAUCAGGUGAUACAUAACCAAAAAGAAGCCCAGAGAAACAUGUGGAACAUGCUCAUGGGGUUGGGACUUGAUCAGAAGUGUUUGAUGGACCUGGCUGCGAAAGAAGGAAUAACAAUUGAAGAUUCUACCACUCCCUUAAUAAAGGGAUCCCCAUUUCUUCACCAUACGACAUUGUCACCGCAUUCAUCUUGUGCCCAAUAUCCUGGUAUCGAUGGACAGCCAUAUGCUUCCCAAGCUUGUGUUUUGCAGCAUCACCAAGAUUUCAGUACAACAGCUUAUUACAAAGGUCGAUAUAAUUCCCAUGGUUUAUGCAGGCAAGAGCACCAUAGUUCCUACUACCUCUUUUCUCAUGACCAUUCACCAUAUUCGGAGAUGAGGCACCAAGCAAGUGGCAGUCCUAGUUCGUGUUUCUUCACUCCUAUUAAAUUGACUCGCGAUAAAUGUGGCUUCUACCCAGAGUCGAGAACACCACCAUGCCCACAUACUAAAGAAAGCAUCACAUCUUCCUUAAAUGAGGGUUUUAAGCGGCUCCAAGAGGAAUCAUGCCUUGACCGAAGUUCAACCGCUACAUUCUCCAGCUCCGUUAUCCCCGAACCGUAUCAUCUCAACCACAACACAUUGUCAAGCCGGCCGGAUUUGUCCAAAUUGCAGUCUCUUUUUGCCACCAUUAAGCCGAUGACUUCUAAUCCGGCCCGGCCUUGAAGGAAAUGCUCCUCUAUCAAAUCUGUAAAGCUUUUUGUCAUUUUCGAUCAUCCAAUCUAACUUCCUUGACUUAUCUAGUUUCCUCUCGAGCAAUGACAGGAUCCGUAUGCAAUUGCCAUUGUCGUGUCACUAGGCGACAUCAUACGGCUUUUUUUUUUUCAGUCUCUUUUUGAUGAAUUUUGCACACAACCGAUGUGGUACUAUAUUUCCAACAAAUGUAAUCUUAGUUUAGCAAUAUUCCGAACAUUUUGUACAGAUACUUGUUUGUGUACAUUAAUGCAAACUGAUUUUAGUAACAAAGUUGUUUUAGGAUGCAAUUGUCGUAGUAGUGUCACUAGACGACAUUAUACGCUUUUGUAGGUCCUAUUUUGAUGGAUUUUAA